AUGGAUCAAGAUACUAAUGAGAAUAAAGACGUGGAAAUGGUGGAUGAAGAAUUUAAUGACGUAGAUGAUCAUAUAAUAGAAACUCCCGAAUCUAAUAAAUCCCAACCAAAAGAUCAACAAAAACAAAAUGAACCUAUAGACAAACAACAAUCAAAAGCUGAAAAAUCAAAACAAAGACAACAAACAUUAUCAGCAGCAGCGGCAGCUAGUGCAGCAGCAGCAGCAUCAUUAAUACCGGAUUUGCCUGAUCUUACACGUAAAGAUAAAACUUUAAAAGAAGUUUUAGAUAUGAUGGAUGAUGAAUUUGCACCAAUUAUACCAGAUGCAGUAACUGAUUAUUAUCUUGCAAAAAAUGGAUUUGAAUCAUCAGAUAUUAAAAUUAAAAGACUAAUAGCUUUAGCAACUCAAAAAUUCAUAAGUGAUAUAGCACAAGAUGCUUAUGAAUAUAGUAGAAUUCGUAAUGCCAGUGCUGUUUAUAAUUCAUCAAAUCCUCAAGUUAGAGCAAAACAAUUACUUCAAGGUCAACAAUAUGCAAAUCAACAAUCUUUGGCUGGGAAUAGCAACAACGCGGAAAGUGGAGAUCAACAAACUUCACAACAAACACAUUCAUCUGCUGGUAAUCAACAAGGUAAAAUAGUUUUAACAAUGGAAGAUCUUAGUAAUGCAUUAAGUGAAUAUGGUAUGAAUGCUUCAAGACCAGAUUUCUACAGGUAG